AUGGUCUCCCACCCCGACGCCCGGCCCGCCCGCGCUGCCACCUCCGUGUCGUCGUCGCGCCACCCGCCUGCCCAGCACCGUCGGCGCUUCAGCGGUGGCCGCUCGCACCACGGCGGCUCCUGCGACCAGCCGCGCAACGAGUUCCCCGUCUUCUCGAUCACUGGCGACGUCGAGGUCGUGAUCCGCGCCGCCAGCCAGGAGCGCAAGUACCUGCUGCACCGCCUGAUCCUCGCCCAGAACUCCGGCUUCUUCGACGCCGGCACCAGCGAGGAAUGGCCGGCCCAGCGAGGCGACGCAGCCGGCAGUGAGGCCGCGGGGGACCAUUCGGACAGUGGCCUGGGCGUGGCCCGCGAGGAGAAUGCCUCGCAGCUGCGCGCUGGCCGGCGGAAUCGCUGGCGAUAUGAGCUGGACUGGGAGAACAGAGAGGACGACGAGCUACCCAUUCUCGUCCAGAAGACACCCACCGCCAGCAACGCUGUCUUUGGAGACCGGGACUCGCGCCGCCCGCCCGCCCGAAACAAACCGCCGCCGCCCUCACAAGGCUUUUUUCGUUCGAUGGCGAAUCUGUCGGGCAUCCAGUCGGCCUUCCAUCUGCCCAGUACGGCCAACGCCGCCGCCGCUGACGAUGCGCCGCUCGACCCGAUCGUGCGCGAUUACGACAACCUUUUCCGCAUCUUCUAUAACCACCCGCCCGCCCUAAACGCCGUCAAUAUCGCCUCCGCAUACGCCGAGUGCAAGUCGUUGCUCCAUGUUGCCGACAUGUAUGACGCCCUCCCCGUCGUGGGCCCGCGCGUCGACCACCACCUGCUCCGCUUCUCCUCGCGCCUGUACAAGCAGAUUGCCAAGUACCCGCCCAGCUACCUCAAGCUCGGCUACCUCGCCCGCAGCCGUGUGAUCUUCGCAGAAGCUCUCAUCCACGUCGUGGGCCAGUGGCCCGCAGCCCUGCCGCACCUGGGGCCGAACUCGUACUCGCCGCUGCCGGACGCGGUGCUGGAUUUGAUCGAGGAUAAGGUGGAUGAUCUCGAAGACCUGAUUGCGCGUACGGAGGGCAAGCUCUUCCGUUUGACUCUGACAACGUCGCGUGGCGAACGGGUCAGUCCCAAUAAUGCCUAUCUUGACUGGCUGGCCGUCUCGCUGUUCCGCCAAUUUCUCGUUGAAAACACCACGCCACCGCCCGCACCCAUUCUCAAGAACUCUUCCUCCUCCCAACCGGCCCGUAACAUCCACAGCGCCGGUUCAAACGGAACCACGUCAGCCGGCACGGGCACCAGUAACAGUAACAGCAACAGCGCCAGCCGCUCCACGCCUACGACCGCCACAACCGCCACCAGCACCUCGACCAGCGCCCCCUCCUUCUCCAUCGGCCGCACAUACCGCCUCCUGGGCUCCUCCAACCCGCAAGCCUACCUAUCGCACGACGAGCUUAAGCGCUUCCUGAAAAUGCACCCGUCGUCGGUUUCCCUGUACUCGCGCGACAGCUUCAAGCGGUUUGAGCGCAAGAUGGACGAGAUCAAGCGCCUGGCGCGGGAGAUCGUCAAGCCGCUGAUGCGCAACUUCCUCGAGCUGGAUCUACGCGGUGGCGACGACGAGCCGGCCUCGCAUGGCGCCUUGCUGCCGUACUUGACGUGUACGAGGGUCGAGCUGGCGGAUUUUCCGUGGGAUUAA